GUGCGGUUAAGGGUGGUGUGAGGGCAGGUUCACCUGUCACCCACAGGCACCCCCCACUUUUUCCCUCAAAGCACCCCCUGCCUCUCAGCCUCCUUGUGUCACCCUCCAUUCCCCCAGUGCAGCCUCUCAGUGUCUCUGUGCCCCCUUUUUACUCCUACAGACCCUUCUGCCUCUCAGCUGCCCCCACCCUCUGUGCCACCCUCCAGGUCCCUUUGUGACACGGUGCAGCCCACAAACUGUUUUAUAUUUAUUUAUAUUCCCUGCCUGUUUUAUUUCGGUGCUGUCCUGCUGCCAGGACUGCACUGUCCCCACAAGUUUGGGCUCCCAUGUGGUGCUGCGGGGAGCCACAGGUGAGCGGUGGGGGGAGUGAGGGAUGGGGCAGGGGCAGGAUGGGGAGGGGUGCAGGGUGGAGAGAGAGUAGGAUGUGGGGGGCUGGAAGUACAGAUAGGGGUGAGGGGGGGAGACAGGGACAGAGAAGAACAGGGCUGAGGGGAAGAUGUAAAUUUGGAGGAGGCACCCCGUAUAUCCCAGACCAAAGCUGCACCAAAAUACAAUUCUGGUCGCCGGAGCAACGCCAAACACCUGCUGCAAACUGACAUCAGGAACUUGGGCUGGCGAGUUUUCUUUCCCAGGGAAAAGGGCCGGUCUUUGUGUUCAGGAUCCUGUAGCCCUGAGUGGGUGGUUGCCUUCAAAAAAUCUGAAUGGGGCAGGAUGUGUCCCAGACCCAACCUGCCAGCACCUCGAACUCGUGGUGCCUUGACAGUCCCAAGCGCAUCCUGAUGCGCAGGAGCUGAUAAUGAGCAUCCGACAUCAAACAGCGCUCUGCGAUAAACUGCCGCCCCCGAGGGUGCCGAGAAGGCAGCGCCGUCCUUCCCCCUCGGCUCUCGGCCAGAGCAUCGCCUGCCCCGGCCGCUCGAGUCCCGGGAGCUCUGUGACAGCGCGCUAAUCAGCGGGAGCGUUAAUUUAAUUAGAUGGUUUUAGCGAGCAGGGGCCGUUUCGGCACCUGGGCGGCGAAAAGAGCCGAGUGCCGCCGGAAAUGCCCGAACGGCGCCCAGAGCCGGGCAGCGAAAGGGGCCGAGCGCGGACGGAGAAACCCGAGCGGGGGCGGAAAAACCCGAGUGGCGGAAAAACCCGAGUGGCGGAAGCGGCCAAGGGGCGGGGAGACGCGGCCCGCGAGCCCUGAUUGGCCGAUCGGCUCCGGGGGGCGGGGCGCGCCCGGCCGCGGGGUGGCGGCGGCGGCGCGGCCUCAGACGCGGAGAUGGCGGCGGCCGGGCCGGACGCUCCGUGCGGGCUCUGCAGCGCUCCCGCCGCCCCCUACACGUGCCCGCGCUGCCACCGCCGCCUCUGCUCCCUGCGCUGCUACCGCGCCCACGGCCCCUGCGCCGAGGCCUUUUACCGCGAUCAGGUUCUCGAGGCGCUGCGCGCCGAGCGCAGCUCCCCGCCGAGCCCCGCGCUGCGCGGGCCGCGCGGAGCACGCGAGGCCGGGGAUGCAGCGCGGCCUGCGGGCCGCGGGCUGUGGGAGCAGCUCAGCGAGGCGGAGCGCGACGGGUUCCGGCGGCUGCUGAGCUCCGGGGAGGCCGCGGCGCUGCUGCCGCCGUGGCGGCCGUGGUGGUGGCGCGGCCGGGGGCGGGUGGAGGAGCUCGGGGACGGCUCGGGGGCCGAGGAGGAGGAGGAGGAGGAGGGCGGCGCGGGUCGGCCCGGCCCCGCACCGCCCGUGCCGGCCGCGGUGCCGCCGCUGAGCGCGCUGCGCGCCGCGGCCCCGUCCCCGCUGGUGCGGUUCCAGCUGCCGAACGCGCUGUUCGGUUACGCCUUCGCGCUGAGCCUGCACGGCGGGGACGAGGCGCUGCUGCCCGAGCUCCCCGACGCCGCCAUCGCCGCCUCGGCCGCGCUGCGCGGCCGCCGCCCGUUCGGCAGCACGGCCGAGGCGCUGCUGAGCGCCCGGCGCGACGCCCGCGCCGCGGGGCUGCCGCUCUGCCCGCUCGGCGACAGCGGGACGCUCCGGGCCGUGGCGCAGCUGCUGGAGGGCCGCGACAGCCGCGACCCCGGCGCCGACGUGGCAGCGGCUCUGUGGCACCUGUGGCGGCUGCUGAGAGCGGGGGCGCGGGCGCUGCCGCCCCCCGAGCGGAGCCGCUUCCGAGCGGCCCGCAGGAAGGUCGGGUUCCUGCUGAGCUGGAGCCGCGGGGCCACCGAGGAGCUCGCCCAGCUCGCCCGGGAGGCGUGGGAGGUUCACGCCGAGGUGGCCGCGGAGGAGGCGGCGGUGGCCCAAAUCAGGGAGGGGCUGGAGAAGGUCUGGGGGGGCCCCCGGCCGCCCCCCCGGGAGGAGCGGACGCCCUGGAUGGUCACGGACGGGGCCGGCGUGGAGAGGGUUGAGGAGGUUUUUGGGGGUCCCCCGGCUGUCGGUACUGACAGGGGGGUACGGGGCCGGCAGCUGAUCGAGGAGCUGGACUGAGACGGGCAGACCCCAAGGAAACAGCCCCGGGAGAGAAGCCGCCGGUUGAGGGACAGGACUGACGGACGUCCGGAGAACCGGGCCCGGGAAAGCUGCUCCUUCAGGGGCAGGACUAACGACGGUCCAAGGAAACCGUGCCUGGAGUGGCUCGUUAAGCGAUGGCACCAAGGAGAUCCUGGCUCGUUCGGGGCUGGACUUGGCAAUGUCCAGGAAACCAGUCUGAGAAAUGACAACUCUUUGAGAACAGGACACACCAAGGGAGGGAUUAAUGAGACCCCGGGGAAGUGGAGCCAGGAGAGAACCUGCUCAUCGGUGAUCCGGACCGAGGAAGACCCAACGAACCAGGCCCAGAACUGCUCGUUAAGGGCCGGGACUAACGAACAUCCCACGAACCAGGCCCAGGAAUGACGCUCAUUAAGGAUGGGACCAACAAGAGAUGAAAUACCAUUAGGAGAGAUCUUGAAUUAAUUAAGGGUCUGGGCUAACGGAGGGCCCGGGAAAGCUGUGCAGGAAGGGGUGGGAGUAACCGGAUCCCAAAAAACCAGAGACCCUUCUUGUCAAUGA